AUGGCUGGCCAAAUCUACUGGAAGUACAAGCACGAGCUCAGCACUCACAAUGGUCUCGUUCUACGAAAUGAUCGAAUUCUAAUCCCACGGUGUUUGAGAGGACAGAUGCUGGAGAGACUGCAUCAAUCGCACUCCGGAAUCGAAGCAACAACCAAGCUAGCCCGUGACACGGUGUUUUGGCCAGGACUCUCCGACCAGAUAAGGCAGCGUAUCCAACACUGUGAUGUUUGCGCAAAGUUCUCUUCAAAUCAGCGAGUUCAACCAAUGCAAAGUCAUCAGAUUCCGACUUACCUGUAUCAGAAAGUUUCCAUGGACAUAUAUGAACUCACAACGCAAACAUCAGCAGCAGUAAUAAAAGUCUGUAAGCGCAACUUCGCAAGGUUCGGAAAACCACAGGAAGUCAGCAGUGAUGGAGGACCACAGUUUAUGAGUGAAGAGUUCAACAUGUUCUGCCAGUAUUGGGGAGUAAAACACAGUGUUUCAGCACCAUACCACCAGCAAGGAAAUGGCAAGGCUGAAUCUGCCGUCAAAAUAACCAAAUCACUCAUGAAGAAAGCUCGAGAAUCCAACCAGGAUUUCUGGGAACUUCUACUACAGUGGCGAAAUAAGCCGAACAAAACUGGAAGUUCGCCAGUUCAGCGCCUGUUUAAUCGUCGAACACGCUUCGGAGUUCCGAUGUAUCAAGGGAAAUAUCUUCCGAAAAUAGAGGAGAACGUGAGGGAGAAGAUUACUCUCCAACGUCAGCAAGCCAAAGCCUACUAUGAUCGAAAGGCUCGCUCGCUUCCCGAGUUGGAGAUCGGACAACCUGUGUUUGUUAAAAUGAAGCCUACUGAUACGGAAUGGAAAAACGGAACCGUAAUCAACCCAGUUACGGAUAGGACAACAGUCGUAGCUAUCGGUGAUCUUGAGUAUCGUAGGGACAAUACAAUGAUCAAGACAAGGUUUGCGCAAAGACAGGAUUCGCUGGAUGCAGUACCAGUUAAAGCGGAACCGAAUGUAGAUCUACAGGAAGUUUCAUCGUCUGUCGGUCGCAAUCCUGCUGCAGUGACUGCUUCACCAACCAUUCCCGAAUCCACUCGCCCCAGACGGUUCGUCCAAAUGCCUAAGAAGUUCCAGGAUUAUAAUAUGUUUUGA